UUUUCUGUACUUUUCUCCUCUUUGUACACAUUAGUGCUACUAUAUCAGUUUAUUUCUUAAUAUUUUUAAAUAUAUGUUAAACAUCUUGUUCUCUCACUCUCUCUCCCAUAUUUGCUUUUUCUACGCUUUGACAUUUUUCAUGUGUCUCCAUGUUUCAUGCAAAUAACAAACGUUUCUACUCCAGAGUGAUUUCUCUCCCAUAGGGAAACGACCUAGAUUGUUGCACAGAUACACUAAUUGCAGCUGUCAGAAUGAGAGACUCUCUACUGGAGAAAAGAUGCACAGGUGAUUAGAAUGUUUUUUUUGUAUUCUGAAUGCUAUUUAAACAUGACCCAUAAGCGUUUAUGGAUUGCAGUUAAACUCUGAUCUGGAGCAGAAUGAGUUAACCCGUUCAUCUGCGCGCACUGAACCGAGCGCUGCUCCUCAGCGGCCGCAUCUCGAUCCCCGGUCCGGCGAUCAUGUCUGGUAAUGGAACCGAGGUAACGCUCAACGACAGCACAGAGAUGGAGCAAAGAAGAUUGGAGAGCAGGACUAUGAAGACUGACUUGGAGACAGGGAGUUGCAGCGCUGCAAUCCACUGUCAUGAUGUGUGUCGCUCAUAUGGGAAAUUUAAAGUCCUCAACAGUCUCAACCUGAGUGUACCUCAAGGCCAAAUUUAUGGGCUGCUGGGACCAAGUGGCUGUGGGAAGACUACGCUGUUGAAAUGCAUUGUGGGAACUCUGAAGAUCUCUCAUGGUCAUAUCACAGUGCUGGGGAAACCACCAGCUUUCCCAGGACAUGAAGUCCCAGGAAGGAUGGUGGGAUACAUGCCACAGGACAUUGCUCUGUACAAUGAGUUCACUAUCAGCAACACACUAUGGUUUUACGGUCGAAUUCACGGCCUUUCAUCUAAAGAAACAGAAGCCAGGAUUAAUUUCCUCAUCGACUUCCUAGACCUGCCACAGAAAAACAGCCUUGUGAGAAAUCUCAGUGGAGGCCAGCGCCGGCGUGUUUCUCUCGGAGCUGCUUUGCUUCAGAACCCACAACUUCUGAUCCUGGAUGAGCCCACUGUGGGAGUGGACCCUGUUCUGCGCUCCAAGAUAUGGCAGCACCUGGUGGACAUUGUAAGAGGAGGACAGGUGUCCGUCAUUAUUACAACGCAUUACAUUGAGGAGGCCAGACAAGCCAAUACAGUGGGUUUGAUGAGGAAUGGUCGAUUGUUAGCUGAAGGUCCCCCAGACACUGUUAUGAAGCAACACAAUGCAGCAACUUUAGAGAGUGCGUUCUUGCAACUUUGUGAGGACUUUGAUCAGAUGGGCACCAAACAGAGUCCGCAGGGCCAUCUACUGGACAGCAGCCCAUCUCCAGACAGUAUGAGAGAUGAAAGCAGAGAGCCCAUACUGAGAAAGAGCACACCAGAAGACAUACCUAAAUAUAAAGCUGACUGGAAAGUGCGAGCCAGACACUUCAUACCAAAAUGGCGCAACAUUGCAGCGUUGAUGAUCAAGACGAUGGUUCGAAUGAGAAGAAUGCCAGGGUCCCUCUGUUUCCAGUUUCUUUUGCCUGUAAUUCAGAUCUGUCUGAUGUGCCUGUGUAUUGGUGGAGACCCCAAAGGAAUUGACGUGGCUGUGGUCAAUAAUGAAAGUAGUCCCAGUGCCUACAGUAGGACGUUGCUGUCCUUCCUUGACAACACAAGUAUCCACCAAGUGAACUUGUCUCAUUCUAAAGCUUUUGCUGGUAUCCAUAAUGGGGAAUACUGGGGCGUCAUAGAGUUUGGGGAGAAUUUCACCAGCUAUCUAACAAAAAGGAUGUUGCAGCCCAGAGUCUCCAAAGAUGUGGUUGAGGGAGGAUCUGUGCAUGUUUGGCUGGACCUGACCAACCGACAGGUUGCCCUAAUGCUACAGAAAAAACUCCAUGAGGCCUUUGAGGCUUUUAUUGAGACAAAGCUGGGGAGUUUGUCUUACAUGGUGGCUGUCCCUAUAAAAUUUGAAAAACCUAUAUAUGGCAGUGAGAACACAGAUUUCACUACGUUUGUGACGCCAGGAGCUGUUUUGAGCAUCACAUUUUACCUGGCAGUGGGGCUGACCGCUCUGUCCUUUGUGUUGGAGAGAAAGGAGGGGCUGCUGGACAGGUGCUGGGUGGCAGGUGUAAGUUCUCUGGAGACCAUGCUGGCUCACCUCUUCUCACAGCUGUUUGUCAUCAGUGUUCAGAUAAUCCUUCUGCUGAUCUUCAUCCUGCUGGUUUUCAAAAUCCCUAAUGAAGGAUCUCUGGCUUUGGUGAUCUCAUUGAUCGUGCUGCAGGGAGUGACCGGAAUCUCCUUCGGGCUAGUCAUCUCCUCUGCUAUCGAUGACGAGCAGUCAGCCAAUCAAGCAGCUCUUGGAAUCUUCUACCCCAACCUCAUCAUUAGUGGUGUUAUCUGGCCAGUUGAGUGUAUCCCGUAUCCUCUGCGUUAUUUGAGUCUAGUCCUGCCCCAGACCUAUGCAUCUGAAGCCCUGCGCUGCAUCAUGUACAGAGGUUGGGGUCUGUCCCGUAUGAUGGUUUGGCGAGGCUUUGCGGUCACUCUGGGCUGGAACACAUUCUUCCUUAUGCUAGCAACGAUCAUUCUCAAGCUGAGAACAUGAGAGGCUCUACCUGAGGAAAGGUGCUUCAGAUUGGGUGUCCUGGCACGGACAAAAAAUGAUUGACACGUUGAAUUGCCAAUCUGAGCCCCUCUGAGCCUCUCUCUCCUUUAAUACGCCAUUCACCCUAAAGGACCCGAGGACCACCAGCGUGAAACUCAGGGCAUUUCUCAACCAGAUAAGAGAACAAUUCAACAAACUAUUCCAGUUUCUGUCAAGUUUACCAUCUUCUGCCAUCUUCUGCUGACAAUGUGAUGCUUAACGCUCAUCGUGAGUUUCACAUGGGCUUCAGUUAUUUUAAACAUCCAUCAAAGAAGAAAGAAAAGUGUUGAAGCCUACUGUUGGAACUUUCCAUACUCUCUUCUUUUUCCCCCCUGGAUUAUGUAAUGCAUCCUGAAUUCACUGACUAGGUUCUGCAUGCCUGAGUUUCUUAGGGUGCAUCUUAGUCAGCUCCCUAGUUCAAUAGUCAAGGCACUGAUCAGGGAGUCGGCCAUUUUAAGCGCUGUCUCAAUCUCAAAAUCCUUCCAGUGGACUGAAGCAUUCGCUCCCCAAAAAGUCCCACAUUGCUCAGUGAAAACCAGGGAUGUGUCACUAUGUUCCCUUACCGGAAACAUUUAUAAUAAAUUACAGCUAAAAUGUUGCUGGGAUAUGUAAAAAUCAAAGUAUUAAUUAUAAACUUUUAAAUAACAAUUGAUGUCAUAAAGAUAUCUGUGCUGCUGUUGUUCAUAAAUGUCAGUAGUGAUGUUGUACAUCGAGAGCAUUGCCAUGUCUUGAAAUAGAGCCAUCAAUGUCCAAAUUUGUAGCGAGUCAGGGUCCUUACCAGUGCCCGAAUUUGUGAACACGAUAAACUGAUUAAUGCCCUAGGGAGCUGAUUGAGACGCACCCUUAGUGUAUGCUCCAUAUGCCUUUUCUCUGCCAGUAAACCUUAGAUUGGGUACAAUCAGACAUCUAAAUUUCUUUGGUGAAGCCUACAAUGUUGCCCACCCUCAUACCCCCUCAUCCUAAACAGAAAGAACACUGCUUAGCGAGGAUUCUUCUCUGGGCACGAUUCGCCCUUUGCAUUGUAGUGUUUUUGAUUUUCCAAACUGCUGCUUGUUCAUUGUUUUGUUUUUUAUUAAUGAUAAAUGUUUUUAGAUUAGCAGCCUGGGUAUUAAUUUAUCAAGUGCCAUAAAGAAAAUGAAGGAACAAUGACAAUGUUUACAUUUGAGCACAUAGCAGGCCAAAGUUAAACCUGCAAGUUGAACUGAAAAGACAAGUUUAGUCUCGUAUUUUAGUACAUAAUAUAUUUGAACAACAACACAAGCUGCAUUACAAUGUAAGCCAUAUGCUGAGUUACUCGGAAUGGUGAGAAUAGUUUGAUGAAUAUUUUAGUGUGCAAUAUUUGACAAGGAGAAUGAAUAAAGAAUAUUUUAAAUUAUUGGUUUGGGGUAUAAAUAUUAGGUGUGUGUGUAUCACUGUUCUUCAGAGGUGUCCAAUCCUGCUCCUGGAGGGCCACUGUUCUGCAGAGUUUAGCUCCAAUAAACACAGCUAAUUAGGCAUACUAGAAACUUCCAGUCAGGUGUGUUGAGGAAAGUUGUAGCUAAACUUUGCAGGACAGGGGCCCUCCAGGACCGAGUUUGGACACCCCUAUUCUAAGACAACCAAUUUGUUAUAUGUUUUCAUAUUUUUUCCUCUUUACAUUUUAAUCUUGAAGUUCAUCUUUAGGAUACUUGAUUUAUACCUUUACCUUCAUUAACCAGCUCCAGGUUAUGGUUUUGUUUAAGUCUUUAAACCACAGAUAGACUGAAUCUGCUUAACUGAACUGAAAGACUUUGCAAAGAAAUUGUUAAUGUUUAUUUAAAGCAACGUUUAAAUUUGGUUCCUCAUCAUAUCAGAUAACUAUAUUUUGAAUGGUUAAAAACCAAGUUGAAUUUGUAUAUUUUUUUUUUUUUUUUUUUUUACAUAAAUGGCCAAUUAAACAGGAAAAUGCUACUGUUUAAAAUUUGUGCAAAUAUUUAAAAAUGUUGGAACAUUGUUUUCCCUCACUGUAGUAAUAAUAACGCCCACAGUAAAGGCUGGAAUUUCAUAUGUUUUGAUAGAACGUAGACUGACAGUUGAUUUUAGGACUAGAGCUUUGUUGCUUCUGGAUUUUCUGUGUCUGGCUCCGGUUGAGGCUUAGAGACAAAUGUUUGGCAAAGGUUUGUUAAGUUCUGUGCCAUUUUGAAAGGUCAUCGUGUCACUUCUAUACACACACAAGACCAUUAUUUGCUACCUCUUGAAUUGUUGCAUAAAAUGCCCUUUUAUGUGUGCACAUUCACAUGCUCUUGGUGUAAAAUGAUCUUUAUGGAAUUAAUGAUUUUUUUUUCAACAAUAAACCUUUUUAAUGAGAUCUUCA